CGAGCGAUAGCGAAAGGCGGCCGCCUGCUGCUCCUUUUAAGGCUCGCGAGAGGCCGCGCCAGAUCCACCUCAUGGGUAAAACGUCAGUAACACCGGGCCGAGGGAGCUGCGCCGAGUUCCCCCUCCCUGUGGGAAGGACGGAAGGGAGGAAUCCGCCACCUGCCCUCUCAAGUCCCAUUCAGUCAAUGAGCAAAGAGGCGGGCUCGGCAGUGCUUCCUCUUUAAGGGGGGGCGGGGCGCAGCCUGCCGUUUGGCCGCCCUCCGCCCCCACCCCUCGGGCCGAGAGUUGACAGACCAAUCGCCCGGGUGGCGGAGGGAAGGCGGGAGAAUGCGAACCCUUCGGUAGGGCGGUAGGGGCGGGCCCCCGGCCUUAUUAGGAGUGCGUCCUGCGCAGGCGCAGAGGCGGCCGCAGGCGGAGGGGCGGGGGCAGUCCAGUGAGAGACUCUCCGACAAGCACGGAGGGUGAUUGGGAGGAAAGGGGGCAGCGAGGGGCUUGUCAUGGGGAUCCGAGCUGCGCGGCGGCACUGGUAGCAUCUGGGGACUCCGAGGGGGACAGGAAGUGUCAGCGCCCAGGACCCCGGCGGCGGCUCCGCCGGGGGAUCCCCGCUACUCCAGCCCUGGGGAGGGAGGGGAAAAAGGAGGGAGCCCUGAUCUCGCCCCGCCCCUGGGCUUGUUCCCGCGGGGGCGGGGAGUGAGGGCUUUUUUUGGGGGGAGUGGAGAUCGGGGGACUCGGCUGUGCCUUCUCGAGCGGCUGCCGGUGUCCCCGCGGCGCCGGGCCGCCGAGCAGAGGAGCCGCGGCGGCCGCGGCUGGUGCAUGUGUGGCCGCUGGAUGCGGAGGCGGCGGCGGCGGCGGCGCGGAGCAGCAGCGGCGGCGGCGGCAGGAUGUUAGGGCAGCAGCAGCAGCAACUCUACUCGUCGGCCGCGCUCCUGACCGGGGAGCGGAGCCGGCUGCUCACCUGCUACGUGCAGGACUACCUCGAGUGCGUGGAGUCGCUGCCCCACGACAUGCAGAGGAACGUGUCCGUGCUGCGGGAGCUGGACAACAAAUAUCAAGAAACAUUAAAGGAAAUUGAUGAUGUCUAUGAAAAAUAUAAGAAAGAAGAUGAUUCAAACCAGAAAAAACGCCUACAGCAGCAUCUCCAGAGAGCAUUAAUCAAUAGUCAAGAAUUGGGAGAUGAAAAAAUUCAAAUUGUCACACAAAUGCUCGAAUUGGUGGAAAAUCGGGCAAGACAAAUGGAAUUACAUUCACAGUGUUUUCAAGAUCCUGCUGAAAGUGAACGAGGCUCAGAUAAAGCAAAGAUGGAUUCCAGCCAACCAGAAAGAUCUUCAAGAAGACCCCGCAGACAGCGAACCAGUGAAAGCCGUGAUUUGUGUCACAUGACGAAUGGGAUUGAAGACUGUGAUGAUCAGCCACCUAAAGAAAAGAAAUCCAAGUCAGCCAAGAAAAAGAAACGCUCCAAGGCCAAGCAGGAGAGGGAAGCUUCCCCUGUGGAGUUUGCAAUAGAUCCCAAUGAACCUACAUACUGUCUAUGUAACCAAGUGUCUUACGGGGAAAUGAUCGGAUGUGACAAUGAACAGUGUCCCAUUGAAUGGUUUCACUUUUCAUGUGUUUCACUUACCUAUAAACCAAAGGGCAAGUGGUAUUGCCCAAAGUGUAGGGGAGAUAAUGAGAAAACAAUGGACAAAAGUACUGAAAAGACAAAAAAGGAUAGAAGAUCGAGGUAGUACAGGCCAUCCACAUUUUAAAGGUUUAUUUGUCUUUUAUAUAAUUCUUUCAGAAUUUACUUUCAGAAAAUGUUUUAGGGUAAAUGCAUAAGACUAUGCAAUAAUUUUUAAUCAUUAGUAUUAAUGGUGUAUUAAAAGUUGUUGUACUUUG